UUAAUUUGCCCUGCAAAACGUGGAUUCUUAUACCCUGGACAUAAUUUGGGCUACACGCUUAACGCGCUAUGCAAAACCCGGAUCAUGUCUGGAGUGAUUCCCGAUAGCUCACAGGGAGAAGACUCAGCUGGUACCAGGAUCUACUAUUCUUUGCAAAAACUCUUCCUGCCUCCAGAGUAAUCGCAAUCACAGAGCAAUGUAAGGACCUAGUAGUACCACCAGUAAGGGCAGUCCUUGAUUUAAGAAGGAAAUUGGCAGCAGAGAAAGCAGAUUGUUGUUGGAGGCGGCCUUGAAGCACAAUCUGGUGAUGGAAGAGCCAGACCCCAAAGCAGAAAAAGACCCUGAUGCUACCCAGGGGAGAAGCAAUGGGGGAUUCUGGGAGAGAGCUGUGGAGAACAUCCUGGGUGAGGAAGACCUAAGCUCAGAUGCACAGCGCCAGCACUUCAGACAGUUCCAGUACCAGGAGGCCGAAGGGCCCCGAGAGGUUUGCAGCCGACUCCACAGCCUUUGCCGUGGAUGGCUGAAGCCAAAGCAACACACCAAGAAUCAGAUCCUGGACUUGGUGGUCCUGGAGCAGUUCCUGGCCAUCCUGCCUCUGGAGAUGGAGAGAUGGGUCAGGGAAUGCGGAGCAGAGACCAGUUCCCAGGCGGUGGCCCUGGCCGAAGGUUUCCUCCUGAGCCAGGCAGAGGAGAAGAAGCGGGCACAGGUAAAGGAAGUAGCCCUUGAUUUCCAUGGAGGAGGAAAAGCUCCAUCAGACACCAGACAGAAGCCGCUGACCAGGCAGGUUGUGCAGGAGGAGGAGGAGGGACAUGCAGCCUUGCCGGGUGAUGAAGUUACAUCGGUGACACAUAUCCGCUCCUCCCUUCUUUAUGCUGGAGUGGAAACAGCUUCUGCAGAGCCUGAUCCGGGUUUGGUGUCUUUUGAGGAAGUGGCUGUGCAUUUCUCCAAGGAGGAGUGGGCUCUGCUGGAUCGGGACCAAAGAGCCUUGCACAAGGAAGUCAUGGAGGAGAACUGUGGGAUUAUGGCCUCACUAGCUGAUAAGUUAGAAGCAGAGAAUGAGGGAGUGUUGGAAAGAACAUUUGGAGUGUUGGAAGGAACCAGUUGCCAAGCAGGAGGGCAUCAGAGAAAGAAAACUGAAGGAAAAGAGAGGAGGGGAGAUGAAUCUUGUGCUUCUUUGAAUGAGGCCUUCCCUGAAAUCAGGACCCAAGAAACAAUUGGGAUAGGAAAGGAAAGAACGGAGUGCCCUGUAUGUGGAGAAAGCUUCAGUUGCAAAUCAAGCCUCGUGGCUCAUAGAAAAGUCCACCCUGAGGAGAAGCCAUAUACGUGUUUGGAGUGUGGAAAGACCUUCAGUCAAAAAGCAAACCUCACUAGACAUCAACCAGUUCAUACAGGGGAGAAACCGUAUACCUGCUUGGAGUGUGGAAAAACCUUCAGUCGAAGGGAAAGCCUUACUUUACACCAACGGAUUCAUACAGGGGAGAAACCAUUUCAGUGCUUAGAGUGUGGAAAGAACUUUAGUCAGAGGGCAGAUCUUUCUUUACAUCAAAGAUUCCACACAGGGGAGAAACCGUAUAGAUGUCUGGAGUGCGGAAAGAGCUUCAGCCGUAUCACAGACCUCACUAGACACCAACAAAUCCACACAGGGGAGAAACCAUAUAAAUGCUUAAAGUGUGGCAAGAGCUUCAGUCGGAUUACAAAUCUUGCUGGGCAUCAACGAAUUCACACAGGGGAGAAACCAUAUCAGUGCUUGGAGUGUGGAAAGAGCUUCAGUCAGGGCUCACAUCUCCUCUCACAUAAAAAAAUCCACACAGGAGAUAAACCUUAUACAUGCCAGAUGUGUGGGAAGAACUUUAAUCAAAGCUCAGCCCUUACAACACAUGAAAGAAUCCACACAGGAGAGAAACCAUUUAAAUGCUUGGAGUGUGGAAAGAGCUUCAGUCAGAGGGGGAAUCUAAGUACACAUCAGUUAAUUCACACAGGAGAGAAACCUUAUCAGUGCUCUGAGUGUGGGAAAAGCUUCAGUCAGAGGGCAACCCUUACUUCACACCAGCUACUUCACACAGGGGAAAAACCUUAUCAGUGCAUGGUGUGUGGGAAGAGCUUCAGUCGGAUCACAAAUCUCACUGGACAUCAACGAAUCCAUACAGGAGAGAAACACUAUCAAUGCUUGGAGUGUGGAAAGAGUUUCAGUCACAGUACAUACCUCACGAGUCAUCAGCGAAUCCAUACAGGGGAGAAGCCUUAUCAGUGCUUGGAGUGUGGAAAGCGUUUCAGUCAGAGUGCCAACCUUACAUCACAUCAACGAAUUCAUACAGGGGAGAAGCCGUAUAAAUGCCUGAAAUGUGGGAAAAGCUUCAGUCAGAGCACCUACCUUAUUAAACAUCAAAGAUUCCACAUAGAGGCGAAACCAUAGAAAUGCUUGGAGUGCGGGAUGAACUUUUAAAAUAUUGGCUGACAGCCUGACUAACCAAUUGAGGCUGUAGUGGGAGGACACACCUUGGGAUUUUUAAAUUUUAUUUUAUUGUCAUAUUCAGAGCAUUUCUAGAGAUAGAAGAUCAGCAAAAAUUGCUCCCAUUCCCUGUGCUGAGGAAGCAGGGAAGCCUCUAGCUGCCUUUUUGCUGCAAUGCUGUGACUCCCACUGCGUCCUUGGUUGGUUAGUCAGGAUGUCAGCCACUGUCUUUCCUUUUGAAUAAGCCAGGGAAGAAAUGCAUCGUUCAA